CACAUUGUGAGUUGAAUUGCUACCACAUUGCUAGCUCUCUCAAACAUGGGUGAGGAAGUGAAGCUACAUGGGACAUGGGCAAGUCCAUUUAGUUGUCGAGUGAUAUGGGCUUUGAAACUAAAGGGCAUACCGUAUGAAUACAUAGAAGAAGAUCUUUCCAACAAAAGUUCCCAACUUCUACAACACAAUCCAGUCCACAAGAAGAUCCCAGUGCUUGUUCAUGGCGGAAAAGCAAUUUGUGAGUCCAUGAUUAUCCUUGAAUAUGUUGAAGAGAUGUGGCCACAGAACCCAUUGCUGCCUACUGACCCUUAUGAGAGAGCCAAUGCUCGGUUCUGGAUCAAAUUUGCUGAAGAGAAGGGUCCUGCAAUGUGGAUGGUCUACCGAACUAGUGGCGAAGAACAAGAGAAGGCUGUGAAAGACACGUUGGAGAUGCUAAGAGCCAUCGAAGCACAUGGUCUUGUAGACAAGAAAUAUUUUGGUGCUGACAAGAUUGGAAUAGUAGACAUUGCCUUUGGACAGAUUGCUCAGUGGUUGGGAGUCAUUGAAGACAUCGUUGGGGUCAAGCUGCUUGAAGCUCACAAAUUUCCUCGCUUGCAUGCAUGGAUCAAGAAUUUCAAGGAAGUUCCUAUUAUCAAAGAGAAUCUUCCUGAUCGUGAUGAAAUGAUGUUCUUUUUUAAGCGUUUCAGGGAAAUGUUGCUGACAUCUUCAAGAGACUCUUAGCCGCGAUAAAUUUUCAUGAGCCAAUCCUAUAUACUCAGUGGGAACCACAUAUCAGUGCAAGAGAUGUUGUAUAAUUAAGCAAGCUUCAGUGUUUUGGUUUUGCUAUGGUAUUCCCAUAUUUUCUUUCUGUUUGUUAUGGCUAUUUUUCAGUUUUAUUGAGGUUAAGAUAGUCAUCAGUAGUUUCGCAUU